CAGUCGAGUUGUGGAAUAGUGUGGAGGCCAUAUAUAAAUGACUAGUGACAUUUGGUGUUUUAGGAAGACUAAGUAUAAGUCUACCCUGCUUCGUGUACGAUACCUUACAGUACAAUAUAGACGUCACGUCUAAUCACUGUCUAAUAUUCAACAUGGAGAUAUGCCUAGCUGUUGUGGAAUGAGGUGUACGACACACGUGAAAAGUUAUUAGCAAACUGGAGAUAAAGUUUGAACGUAGCUUGAUAUAAAUGGAAAAGUGUAACAUUAAUGGGAAGUGAUAUCAGGCCUUCUAGAAAGAGUAACCAUACACUGCGUGGUACACAUCAGUCAGCACUACUUACAACUAAACACGUAAGCACGACCUUUAUGGUGCACAGCACUACUUAUAACUCAACAAGAAGUGAUAUCAGAUGUUCUAGAAAUAGUAACCAUACCCUGUCUGAAGUACUACACCCAUCACUACUUAUAACUCAACAAGACGUGGUAACAGAUGUUCUAGAAAUAGUAAGCAUACCCUGUCUGAAGUACUACACCAACCGUUAUACUUAUAACUCAACAAGACGUGGUAACAGAUGUUCUAGAAAGAGUAAAGAUCCCUUGCCUAGUACACAUCAGUCAGAACCACUUAUAACUCAACAAAAGGUGUUAUUAGGUGUUCUAUAAAGAGUAAGCAUACUCUGCCUAGUGGAUACUAUUAGAAGGUUGGGUAAAAGGCUGGAAACGGGUCGAAACAAUCACGUUUGACCGCUUUUGAAAAAUUUAUUCGGAAACACUUGUAUAUUUAAUUUUAAAGCGGACGUUAACGCAAGAAAGAAAAAGUUGAAACUAAAAGAUCAACUAUAGGGAUUUUUUGUUCGCUUGGGAUUUUUAAUUUUUAAAAUCAAGAAAGCUGAUAAAAGCAAAAAUCAUGUGCGCGAAAAUUGAAAGAAGUAAAAUGAUGUCUUUGAAAACUGUGGGUACGUCCAUAACGGCGCUUAUGCGUUUAGAGAAACAAAAGAAUCGCGGGAAAAAUUUGGGCGACAGCGGCUAUUUUCAACGCCCCCUUCAUCCCCCAUCGAAUCCUCAGAGGGUUCUAGAAUCUCACUUUAUAAAGAGACGCGAAUCGUCAAGUUUAAACAAAUCUGGUAGUUUUGUGAAGAAUAAAGAAAAAACUCGAAAUUAUAAAUCGACCGCGAAGCCUGAUUUAUUUGACUCUAUGGGAUCGGAGGGUAAUGAUAAUUUUCGAGCAACGAAAACUAAACGAAGAAAUAUUGUGUGUUCUUCAAGUCAACAAGAAUCAAUAAUUGAGGGAAGAGCCAGUGCUUGUGUUGAGCCGUUGAAGAGGUUUCAGAAAGCUGUUAGAAAAAUCAUGAUAAUGGUACGUGUUGUUGGUAAAGGAAGGGAGAGACCAAAGGAAACCGAUAAAGAUAUGUUAUCCUGGACUACCAUAUGUGAUGACCUUGGUUUAACCAGGACGAACUAUGCAAAUCUAGGAUUAACCUUUGACCCUACUGAUUUCAAGGUCAAGAAAAAGGGUCAUAUAUCUAACGAUGCUAUAGACGCGUUGUGUUUAAAUCCAGUAGAGAGAACGGGGGAACAGAUCAGACAUUGUCUGGUAUCUCUAAAUACCAUGAUACCAGCCUUCAGUGAGUUUCCCAUCAAGAUGCAGACAUCUUUAGUUCAAGUCGGCUGGUAUGAAAAAUUUGACCCUGGACGUGUUAUUAUAAGACAAGGUCAAAGGGCAGAUAACUUUUAUUUGAUAUUGUCAGGAGCAGCGGUGGUUACUAUAUUAGAGAAUAAACCAAGGACGAAGACGUCAACACACGAAGUUCAUCAGCGACUGCCAUCAGCAGACGACCAUGACGUGUUAGGUGAUAUAAUGGAAGAAGGAGAAGACGACGACGAGAAAGAAGAACAAUAUGUUAGAACGGCCGAUAUUCUUCAUAAAGGAUCAAGUUUUGGGGAGAUAGCAUUGAUACAAGGUUCCAUCAGAACAGCCACGGUCACAUGUCGUACACCAGUAGAGUUAUUGGCCUUAGAUAGAACUGAUUAUAUUAAUAUAUUCAUGAAAGCUGAACGAGGCAAGGAACCGGAACAUAUCCAAUUCCUCAAGAGAAUGAAUAUAUUUAAAGGAUUCGCAUUGGAUAAAAUACCGUGGAAUGAUCCGACAAUUUGUGCCUUCACUUACGUCAGGAGAGAAACUAUUUUGUGUGAAGACAGUAAUAAUUCCGAGUUAAUAUUUGUAAUAAUGACGGGCACCUGUCGUGUUAUCAAAUCAUUACCUGCAGUCAAACCUAAACUGUACAGGUCAGAGGUCAGAGAUUAUGGUCUACAUACACCCAGAACUAACAGAACAGAAAAUAUAAAAGUUCGGAGGACAUUAACCAGAGAGAAGAAAUCAACGCCUGGUGCUAUACAGCUACCAACUAAAUCUAAACUAGAAGCUGACAUAGCAUUGAGUCGAUCUAGUACUAUUCUAUCAACCAUAGCUAGAAAAACACCACAACAAGUUGCUGAUGAUGCUGAAGAACAUAUGAAUAUUAUAAAUGAUGUCUUUAAGCGGAGACAUGUUUUACCACCAAUAGAUCAAAACGAUAUUUCUGAACCAAAUACCAGCAUGUCCGGUUACACCAUGGCUCAGCAUCAUCAAGCAGACGUACAGGAUCAAAUUUACAUACAGAUGACCAAAUUAGGACGUGGAGAUGUUUUUGGGCUGGAGCAGGUUGUAUUGAAGGGUAUUGGUGAAUCAACCAGCAGUACCCUCAUAUCAGAGGGAGCAGAAUGCAUCAUCAUAAACAAACAAUUCUUCCGCAAAUAUCUCACACAACAAUCGGCUAAUCAAAUCAGAAAAAAGAUUCAACCCUUCCCGUCUGAGGAAAGAUUACGUCAGAAACUACAAACACAGAUCGACUGGGAAGAAUUUAAAAAUCUAACAAUUUUAGAUUUUAUAGACUUUAAUAAACAUGUUCAAAACGUGGCCUGGAAACAUUAGCGUCGCCAUACUACAGCCAUUAUUAGAAUACCAAGUCUCGCGGUUUUCAUAUAAAAUGUCUACCUGUGAUAAUCGGGUUGCUAAGUACAAGUUUCGUCAAAUGUCAAGGUUACCGUGGCGUCGGCCAUGUUUGAUUUGAGUCUGUUAGUGUCACAACCUCUGAUUGGACGCUACUGUUCACGUGUAUUCUGUAAAGGGAGAUACCGUAGCUAUAAGAUUGUGAAUUGUAAAGCAGUGUAGCAAUGCCUAGAUGUUGUACAACUCGUGGUCGUUGCUUCAGGAACACAAUGACACCCAUGUGACUACAUGGAAAUAUAGACCUUUACAUUUUGAAAUUUGAUUAAGUUAUUUAACGUCUCGUGCAUCGUCCUUGUGGUCGCGCUGGUUUAAUAAAUAUUUUUUACAAAAAGGCAACGAGAUUCAUUAAUGAUGUUUUCUAUAUUUAUAACAUGAUUAAAGGAAACCUACUCUGAUUGGAGGAAACUUACUCUGAUUGGAGGAAACUUACUCUGAUUGGAGGAAACCUACUCUGAUUGGAGGAAAGUUACUCUGACUGGAGGGAAACUUACUCUGAUUGGAGGAAACUUACUCUGAUUGGAGGAAACCUACUCUGAUUAGAGGAAACUUACUCUGAUUGGAGUAGACCUACUCUGAUUGGAGGUAAACCUACUCUGAUUGGAGGAAAGUUACUCUGACUGGAGGGAAACCUACUCUGAUUGGAGGAAACCUACACUGAUUGGAGGUAAACCUACACUGAUUGGAGGAAACCUACUCUGAUUAGAGGAAACUUACUCUGAUUGGAGUAGACCUACUCUGAUUGGAGGUAAACCUACACUGAUUGGAGGAAAGUUACUCUGAUUAGAGGAAACUUACUCUGAUUGGAGGAAAGUUACUCUGACUGGAGGGAAACCUACUCUGAUUGGAGGAAACCUACACUGACUGGAGAGAAACCUACUCUGAUUGGAGGAAACCUACACUGAUUAGAGGAAACUUACUCUGAUUGGAGGAAAACCUACUCUGAUUGGAGGAAACCUAUGGUAUAUAUUUAUAAGUGAUGAUAUUUAUACAGGACACAUCAGAUCUCAUUUUGUACAUCAAAUAUGAUUAAAAUACAAAUUUCUCAGACAUAACUAUC